AUGAUGGAGGACGUGACGGAAGAAGUGAAGGUGGAGAUUAAGAAGUUGGAGGAGAAGAAGAGGGAGAUGGAGGAGGCAAAGAAGAACAUGAAUGAGGAGCUGAUGGUCGGACAAUCACAGGUGGAGAAAGACACUGCUGUGGUGUUAAUUGUCGUUUGUCUUUGUUCUCGACGGCCCGUGUGUUUUGUAGAGAGCGUGCGCGAGGCGGUGGGCCGGAGGGUGAAGCUGACCCUGAGGCGCAAAGUCCAGCUGGAGGUCAAAGGUGACAAGUUGGAGAACAGAGUGCUGGCUUUGGCUUCACAUCGAGCCUAUCUGCUGACAGCACGGGUUCCAUCUAAGGUCGAACACUCCUUCAGCUAUCUGGAUAUCCAGGGAAUCAGCAGCAACAAGCCCACUCAGCUGGUGUUGGAGUAUGAACGCGGUCCGUGGUGCCUCCGGCUGGGCUCGGCCGAGGAAGUGGAUGAGGUGAUCGCUCACAUCGGCAGCUGUCUGCACCAGAUCUGCCCCGCCAGCUCACCUGUGAAGGUGAUGAGGAAGUUGAGUUUGAAGCCUCCAGACAGGACAGCCGCCCUCCAGGCCAUCUGGGACGAACAGGGAUCAGCUGACCUCGGACCGUGCGGCGGCUUCUCUCAUCAGUACUGGUGUGUGUGUGAUUACUUGGGUCUGCCGUACAGAGAGGAGGUCCAGUGGGAUGUGGACACCAUCUAUCUCACCCAGGACACCAGAGAGCUCAACCUGCAGGACUUUGUUCACCUGGAAAACAGGGAUUUGGUGCCGAUCAUCGCAGCUCUAGAAUACAACCAGUGGUUCACCAAACUCUCCACCAAAGACUACAAACUGUCAACAGAUGUGUGUGACCAGAUUUUCAAAGUGGUGGCUCGAUCCAACCGGCUGGAGGAGCUGGUUCUGGACAACGCUGGACUCAGAAGGUCAGAGGUCAAAUAAUAGAACUGAUGUUCUUGUGCUUUGUACUUCUCCAAAAAUCCUGGCCACAUUUUUUCUAAGUGAAAUAAACUGUUUGCAACCAGGACACCAAGUCUGUUUAGGAUAUUACAUUUAGUUUGUUGAUUGUGUAUACCUAAGAUGAGAUUCAGACACCAGUAAAA